GGGGGAACGACAGCGACGCCCACGGAAAUGACAGCAGCGUGACCAGUUCCGUUGUUGUCGCUUACGUGGAGACAGGAAGUGUCUUCCCUUGGUUUCCGGAUUCGAGUCUCGGUUGAUGUUGUUGUGGAUCUACGAUGGCCCAGGACUCUGCGCUUUCUCUCCGGGUGUCGGAGAUCAGCGACCCGGCGGUUCUCUUUCAGUGCUAUAAUACUGAGGAGAUCCGCGGAAUCGAACGUAAAGUCCGCGGGGAGAUCGAGCAGAAGAGGGAGGAGCUGAGGCAGAUGGUAGGCGAGCGGUACCGGGACCUUAUCGACGCCGCCGACACGAUCGGAGAGAUGAAGCAGUGUUCGGAGAGCGUCGUGCAGUCCAUCCAGGACAUGCAGCAGUACUGUCACAGGCUGAAGCAGGGCAAAGCCAGCGUGGCCAGCUGCAGAGUGGAGCAACUGUUUGAAGCUGAUAACAUUGUGAUGGAGACGCGUCGGUGUUUCCUGUUGCAGAGCCAGACACAGUGGCAGGUAAAGUUCUACACCAUGGCCUCCCAGAUCAAGCUGCUUUUGGAGAUCCCGGAGCGGAUUUGGAGUGCCAUGGAGGCGUCUCAGUACCUCCAAGCCACGCAGCUCUACCUGAUGUGCUGCCACCUGCACCAUCUGCUGCAGCUGGAGGCCACUACAGCAGGCCUCUACAGCUCCGUCCUUGUCCGAUUUCCCAUCCUAAUCCGCCAGGUUGCCACCACUGAACACUUCAGGGCAGCCAUUCUGCUGGACAGCAGGUCUCUGCUGAGGGGCCGGGCAGUGUCGGACCAGGCCAUUGCUGAAGCCUUAGUGUCCAUCAUGCUGCUUGAAGACAGCUCUCCUCGGCAGGCUCUGGCUGACUUCUUGUUGGCCCGGAAAUCAUCCAUACAUCAGCUGCUGAACCAACCGCAGCAUGGUGCAGGGAUCAAGUCCCAGGUGUGCAGCCUUGUGGAGCUGCUGGUCACUACUCUGUUUCAGGCCUAUGCCAUCUUCUACCUCCCCCCAGAGGGCAGCCCCAGGCCAGGGGAUGAAGCUUUGAGCUGUGGCAUGCUCUUCUCUGUCCUGGACAACGUCACAUCUACGAGUCCUGCAGCUAAGGAGAGAAGGGUGUUGCAGGAAGAUGUGAGUACAGGCAGCUGGUUAAAGUAUCUGCCUGCAUCCAUCUCAGAGUUUCAACCUGUCCUUCGCACCCUGGCUCAGCCAAUCCAGAGGGAGCACCUGCAAGACACUCUUCAACAGUGGAUCGAUACCUGUAAGGAGGACAUCUGCCAUGGUGUUGGUAGCCUUUUGGUCUACGUCAAGAGCCUGAAGGGGCUGGCAGCCAUCAGAGAUGCUGUUUGGGACCUUCUGUCAGCAGACUCCAUCAGUCAGCACUGGAACACCGUCUGUCAGCGUCUGCUGGAGCACCCCCUAACUCUCUGGGAGGACAUAUUGCAGCAGCUCUUCCUCCAGCGGCUGCAGGUCAUCACUAAAGAAGAAACUGAAGCCAUCUCAGUGCUAUCUAUCCAGCUCCUUACAUCAGCUGUCAGGGAUCUGCAGAGCCAGAGCGUCCAUUCGUCUUCAGGUACCCACAGCAGCCAUGGGGCCCAGUAUGAGGUAGAUGUCUCCUCCUUCUUGUGGUUGGAGUCUCCAGGGGACCUGCUGAAUGACGCAGGCUGGUUCAGUGUGAGCCAGCGGGGCCAGCAGCAGCAUAGGAGUGGCCUGGCCAUGAAGACUCAGGCCCUCACACCCUGUGUCCAGAACUUCUGCUCUUCCAUUGAUGCAAAGCUGAAAGCCAGACUGGAUGAUCUCCAGCACUACCUUCCCUCCCAGGAUGUGGGCUCUGACUCCAUUUUAGCCACUGUCCCUUCCUCUGGAUCUGCUGAUAAGCCAUCAUCAUCCUCAUUUAAUCGCUUCAUCGACUCCUCAGCAGUGGAGGAGGCGCUGCGUGACGGCUGUUUGGCCUGUGUUCACCACAUUCUGUCCUUCAUCCGAUCACAGCUGGCUGCAGUCUCGCCAGACUCCAGGCCCAUCUGCCUCAGUUCAGUUCUAUUCAUGGCCAGGCUGUGCCAGUCUAUGGGCAAACUGUGCCCCAACCUGAAGCAUUGCAUCCUGGGAAAGCAGUGUGGUUUUGACAGCACAGCCAAAGGGACCCCCAGGCAAGGCAAGAAGUUGGGCAAAGCCACGGCCACUGCAGAGGUCAGGCCUUCCCAGGACAAGUGGGAGGCGCUGAAGGAUGAGCUUCUUGGCUGCAGUAUGGAGGCCUACCGCAUCUGGAGCGCCGCUCUUUCUAAAGGGCUGUUGGAGAAGUUUGGCACGGUGCUUCAUGCUGAGUCUGCAGGCACCAUCUUAGCUACAGCAACUAACUGGGAGGAUCUGGAAAUCCAGGAGGAGGCUGAGUCUGGAAGCAGUGUUACAUCCAAAAUCCGUCUUCCAGUACAGCCAACGUGGUUUGUGCAGUCCCUGCUGUUCCAGCUAUGUGUGGAAAUAAACAGGGUGGGAGGCCACGCCCUUCCUCGCUCCACCCUCCAGGAACUCCUGCAGACCUGUUUGACUGAAGUCCUGCACCAUUACCACAGCCUGACACAACAGACCAGCAGCACGGAUGCUGUAUUCCCCAUGACUCAGAACAGAGCCCUGCAGUUCCUGUUUGACCUUCGUUACCUGAGCGCUACACUGGGGAGCAGACUGGAAGAACUGAAGAACUCCCGACCACAGCAAGACCCAAGAUUCCAUGAAACCUGUGAUUGGCUGGAGAGCUUCAUUGACCCCUUUGACCUGGACGUGUUUACGCCUCACCUGAACGCCAGCCUCAACCGCCUGUCUCAAAGGACCUUGGUCCUGCUGGGGCUCCUGACAGGCUCAGAGAAGCAGUUUGCUUUGCGAAGCAGCAGUUUGAACUCCCAGGAUCCUUACAACAUACUGCCGCUAGCCAGCAGCCAGAUCAGGUUCGGGCUGCUGCCUCUCAGCGUCUCAAAUGUGCAGAAAUCCAAGGCAGCUUCCAGAAGCUCUGAAGCUCCUCAGCAGCUGGUGGCUCCUCAGUCCUUCACAGCAGGCAGUGAUGACAGCUUCCGGCCAGGCAGCCUUUUCAGGCAGCUCGCUGAUCAGGAUGAAGACACAGCAGCGACUUCUUUAUUUAAGCUUAACUGGCUCUCUGGGAUGGGCAAAUAAUUCUCAGCUGGCUGCUUUGUUACAGUGACAUGUACAGUAAAUACUCCCUUUAUGUGUUGACAAAAUGCCUCCUGUGUGAUGUGUAAAUGUUGUGUAAGCACUGACGUGUGUUGAGCAGCGAUACUUUAGUUUGAAUGUGUGCAUACACAAGCAGCAUCGUUCAGGCACUCUGUGUUCCUGAAAGGAAACUGUAUGUGACAGGGUGGAUGCUUCCUCUGUAGUGCUUUUCUACUCUGAACUCGACUCGCCUCAUUCACACUUUCAUUAUGCUCCUUCUACCAAAGUGCUUUUAACAUUUACACUCAUACUCUGAUGGAUGCAUCGGAGAGCAGCUUAGGCUGUGGCUGGUUGGUGGGGGGUAGGCUGAAACAUGUUUAACACACUGUGGUUUGUGACAUACAGACUGAUGCAGUCAGCUUCUAUCACAGGAUGUCUCCAAACUACUGUGAGUACUGUGCAGAUGUGAACAUGCUGACACGGUGAAUGAAGCGUCAUCCCUGCAAACACUCCAGCUGAUCAGCUGAUACAUUCUAUACUGGGUUCUUCAUUUUCUUUGGCUGUUAAUAUGUCAGGUUUUAUUUUAUGUAUUUAUUAAGUUCAGAUAGAGAUGUAUGGCUGCCAUGAUGGCAGAAAGCAGGUUGACUUUAUUAUUAUUGCCUCAGAGUAAUCACCAGUGUGACACAUCACUGUGGUGAUGAGUGCAGUCACCUCACAUCAGAGAGGUUGUGGCUUCGAGUCUGUGCUUGUAUGGACUCUGAACAUAUGUUAAUCAUGAGUUCUUAUUGGUUGUUGGGUAUGUAAGUAUUGUAAUGCUAAAUGUGACUUGUGGUUAAAUGUUGCUGGUCUCUCGCCAAAAUAAACUCAGCCAACCCUUCAUCUCUGUGUCACUGACGGUGAAAUUAAUAUUGAGGUUUUUGAUUGACUAGUUUCUAGUUUGCAAAGCUGCUGGAUGAUGUUGGGACCAUACUGUAAAAGUAGCACAUGUAGCAAAACCCUCAGACACGUCCGUGUGUGUCGGAGGAACAGCUGAGUGCAGAUACUUGGUGCUGUGCUGUAACUGAUGCUGAGGUGCUUGGUAUCAAAGAAAGUGUCACCAACACCGGCCCCCACAGUUCCCUUAGUUUAGUUAAUAGUUUUUUCAUCAAUCCUUUUCACAGUUAUAAGAUGGAUCUGUGCUGCUCACCUUUGGCUGGAUAACAAGGAGGGGGCUGAACACACUGCAGGCUGUGAUUCAGUGCAUCUGCAGGGUAUUCACAGCACUUCACUCAUGUUUGCAGCCUUAUUUCAAAUACAUUAACUGUACACUCAGUACCUCGUAAUGAUGAAGUGAAAAAAAUUGUUGUAUGAAAUAAAAAGAACAGUGAGUAGUAUUUGAGUAUUCAUAGCCUUUACCGUGACACGAGCUCAGGUGUGUCGGUCAGGGCUGGUGCUACGGGAGUGCUAGCUGCCACAGAUGAUACCUGUCUGAUUGUUCUGUCCCUGUUUCAGUGGUGUGCUGGGACGUGGCAGGAGAUGCUGACAGGAGUGUGUGUAACACACAGCUAGCUGAGCCUCAGCAGCUAGCUGUGUGUUACACACACUCCUGUCUAAGAUCUCAUAGACCACUCCAUGGAGUCUAAGGAGCUGUCUGCAGGCCGCAGAGGAAGGAUUGUUUCGAGGGACAUAUCUGGGGAAGGGUCCAGAAAAUGUUCUGCAGCAUUGAAGCACAUUGACCACAGUUUCCACUAUCAUUCCUAAAUGGGAGCGCCAGGACUCUUCCCAGAGCUGAACCAAUCUGGACAACUGAAGGUCCUUAGUUAGUGAGCUGACCCAACUGAAGCAAGAAGGCAGCCAAAGUGUGGUCUGAUGAAGCUAAUGUUGGACCUGUGGCCUGAAAGCCAAAGCUCACGUCUGCAGUAAACAGGCAGCACUCAGCACCUGACCAGUACCAUCACUGCAGUGAGUGUGGUGGGGGCAGUAUCGGGCUGCGGGGAUGUUUUGACAACAGGAACUGGGAGACUAGUCAGUGUAUGGUGACCUGCUCCAGAGGGCUCUGCUCAGACUGUGGCAAAGGUUCAUGUUGGCAGUUGAGUUUACCUUGAUUCACAACAGGGAUGCUGCAGAGUGUGACCUCCCUCCCCGCUGUGAUAGACCUCAGAGACCAGCUAAAUGCACUGCUUCCAAAGGUUGCAAGAGGGCAUGCAAAACCCAAGGUGAUGAAGCUGGGGGUGGGGGUGUGACCUUGUUACUAGUUCUGAAAAGCUAAAAUUAGUGCAGCAAGUACACUCUGGACACCAGGAAGGGCGGUGCUUGGCAAAAGUAGUUCA